CCUAGUUUAGAAAAAAAUGGGCUUCCUUCUCGAUCCUCAUUCUCUCUUUCCUUUCUCCCAAGUUUAGUAACUAAAUUUUAAAGGCCUUGUGCAACAAAACAAAAUAAAUUCCACUCUCUCCAAUGACUUCUCGAGUAAAAGUCUCCGACGAGCCACUGAGUCCCUCCGGCCGGCUAUUUCUCCGGCCAGAGAUGGACACCAUAAUCCACUGUGCACUCGGCGUUGAAUACGCCAUGGACGUGGAAGCUGUAAAAACCACCAUAAGGAACUCUCUCAUGUUGAAGCACCCAAGAUUUUGCAGUCUCCUUGUACACGACAAGAAUGGAUUGGAACACUGGAGAAGAACAGAGGUCGACCUCGACAAACACAUCUUAGUUGUUGAAAACCCCGCCGAAGCCACCAACAACGACGGCAGUGAUAUUGAGAAAAUAGUGAACGAUUAUAUAGCAGGCUUAUCAGUAAGCUGCCCACUUAGCUUGGACAAGCCUUUGUGGGAAGUUCACAUAAUGUGGGAGCCACCGUGCGCUGUUUUCAGGUUUCAUCACGCACUUGGGGAUGGGAUCGACCUGAUGUCAAUUUUGCUCGGAAGUUGCAGAAAGGUGGAGGAUCCAGAGGCUGUGCCCAUCUUGGAUAUUGGAGGUAGCCGCAAGAAUCGGAAGGGAAGUUUUAGGAAAUUGUGGUUUCAGAGAGGGGUUUUGAUGGGGUUCUUGAAGAUGGUUUUGUAUACUUUGAAUAUUUUGAUGGGGUUCUUGAAGGUAGUUUUGUAUAGUUUGUUUUUCUAUUUGGAGAUGGUGUUGAGGAGUUUGUGGGUUAGAGACCGGAAGACGGUUAUCUCCGGCGGUGAAGGGGUGGAGCUGUGGCCUAGGGAAGUUGUUACUGCCCAUUUAUUGAUUGAGGACAUGAAAGUGGUAAAAAAGGCUAUUGCUAAUGCGACUAUUAAUGAUGUUCUUUUGGGGAUGAUAUCAGCUGGAUUUUCAAAGUACUUGGAUCAUCGAUCGCCAAAUUCUUUGAAGAAGAAUCAGCGAAUCACAGGAGUAGCCACGGUUAAUUUAAGAAAGCAACUAGGAUUGGAGGAUCUGACCAAGAUGAUCGAAAGCAAUUCAAGGGCUCGUAAGGGUAACAAAUUUGGGAUUAUUCUCUUACCUAUUUAUUAUGCGAAAGAUGUUGAACCUUUACAGCAUGUGAAGAGAGCUAAGGCAACACUUGACUUGAAGAAGAAGUCCUUGGAGGGUUAUUUCUCAUAUAAAGUUGCAGAUUUAGCAAUCACCUUGCUGGGAUGUAAGUUUGUUUCCUCUUUCAAUUACAGGAUUCAUAGUAAUUGUAGCUAUGUCAUCUCCAAUGUGGUUGGACCAAAAGAGAAGCUCACUAUAGCAGGCAAUCCUAUAAAGUAUGUAAGGGUUAACGUCACUGGCUUACCCCAAGCAGUGUCAAUGCACAUGGUGAGUUAUGCAGGGCAAGCUGAUAUGCAAAUUGUAGUGGCCAAAGACAUCAUCCCUGACCCUAAAUUUUUUGCCAAAUGCAUUGAAAACUCCCUGCUUGAAAUGAAGGAAGCUGCUCUUGCUGCCGUCAAACUAGGAGGAUAAAUGGUCAUUACAAAGAAUCAAUAAAGGAAAAAAAUUGUCGCCAUUAUCUGGCAAGUAAUUGCCUUUGAAGGAAUUUGGGCACCUAUGUGGUCAACCCUUUUGCAUACAUUGACUUUGGUCAAAAUAAUAAGAAGGUAAUUAACUUUAAUAAAGGUUCCUUUUGCGUAUUCAUUGUGUGUACAAGUGCGUGUUUCUUGCUUGGCCCUUAGUCUUUGAAUACAUCUCUCAUUCAACAAAUUGGUGGAGCGCUCAUUGUUUUUGCAAACAAGGCAUACAUUUAGACUCUGAAUUUUUUUUAUAAAGUUGAUGAUUUCAUAUGAUUGUAUUAGAGAUUAAUGGUAUAAAUUGGUGAUCCUAGAGUUUAUAUA